AUGAACGAAGCCUCGUCUUCGAAAUCAACCAAAUUAUUGAGCAACACAGAGGAUUUGACUUCAACUUCAAUCAAAACAACCAAAAACGGGGCGGUGCCUGAAAUGGGCGGAGCCACAACUUCUUCCUCUUCAUCGUCAUCAUCAUCAGCAGGAGGUGGAGAAAGAGGUGGAACCUUGCCUGAAGAAACGGUCACUGCUAUUAAAAAAGAGUUUUUGUUGGCUGAAGCUCAGAAGAAUCUUGAACCGGAAAAACUACAAGCUCUACAGAGUCAGUUAGAGGUUGGUUCAUUUUUUUUGGAAAUGUUCUAUUCUUUUUUUGUUGUUGAUUCUGAUUUAGUUUGAACUUUCUAGUAAAUUUUGUAAGUCGGUGAGGAUUCUUUUGUGAAACUAAUUUUACAUUUAGCUGAACUCUAAACAUAAGUGGCACAAUUUUAUAAUUUUGAAACUCUAUACGCCCAAGGACCCUUCAGUUAACCUCCUUCUAAUUUUUUUCUGAAGCCAGCUGUAACUUCUUGAACUCCUGGUUUCCAGAAAAGUUACUGAAAUUUCUGAUCAAGAUCAGCGGCUCAAAAUUUUCUAGAAUACCAUGUCAAAAUUUUUGAUAAAAUGUUUCAAGUUUGAUAGACCAGGCUCCUCAUUUCAAGUUUCAAAAUUCAAAAUUCAAUUUCCCAUCAAAAAUGUUUGUUUGGAUUCUAAAGUGUGACGUAUCAGUGUUUAUAUUUUAUCAUCAAUUGUUUAUAGUAAUGAAACAGAAAAAAGAAAAACCAAGAUGUUUUUUUUUGUUGUGUUUGAUACUUUGUGAUAGUCUUCAUUUCAGUGGAACCUGAAAAAAGUGAAGAAAAGUUCAUAAAUCUAAUAUUGUUUUACACUUUGCAUUCUCUUUUUUUGUUCGAAGAACACAAAAUACGAGAAAAAUUCUCAAAACAGAGUGACGUUUUUCUGCCUUUUCUGCCUACAAAAAAGUUCGGUUUGCAGAAAAAUUGAAGGUUUUGAUUAACAAAAUGUUAGAGGCUGAAAAUAUUUUAAAAUUCUAAUUUUAAGUCUAGAAAAUUCUAUGAUCGGAUAAACUUAUCCAAAAAAUAAGAUCUGGUAUUUCAAAAAUAGAAAUUGAAAGCAGAUCAGUCAAAUCCCAGAUGGCUAAAGAUUAUUUUUGUGUUCGAAAAAUGUAAAACUUAUUUUGAAUUCAACUUGAAACAUGGACAAACUACAGAACAAAAUAUUUUUUAUAUAAAAAUUGAAAAUGUUUCCUAUUAUCAAAAAAAAAAUACCAAAACAUUUUCUAGAAACUUUUUUUCCUCACCUGACCAAAAAUCAAAAUUUUAAUGAGCAUACUCCAUCUCGUGAAAAUUCUAAUUAAAACCUUCUAUUCAUUUCCUCUCACGAGUUAUCAAAACCAAAAAUUUCCCGAUUCACAAAACAUAAGAUCAACCAAAAAAAAACACUGAAAAUUUGGCAGGUGUAAUAAUCAGCUUAAAAAUAUUCUCUUCCGCUAUACUAAUUUCGAUUUCUUAAAUUCUUCUUUUCUGCCACAAAACUACAUUUUAUUCAUUUUUUCCAAUAAACAUGUUUCUUUCUUUCCUUCUUCCCUUUUCUUCUUUGUGAGAAAGAAAAACAAACAAAAAUAAAUAAAUGUUGCCAUUUGUGGGAAAAAAUACUUAUGAUGAACGAAUAAAUGUUUGUUUUGAUUGCAAUUUUUGCAUAGGAAAACAUUGGAUUAUGAAUGAAAUUUUGAAGAGAAAUUCAAGAACUUCUUUGAAAACUUGGAGGAUUAUUAGGGAAUAUUUGAAAUGAACCUGAGAAAUUCGGAAAUUUUCAGACAUUUUUGGAUUUUCAGAUUGUUUCUUGAGCCUAGUCCGAUACCUUUUUAGUGGUCCCCAAAUAGAAAUUGAUCUACCAACAGGAAAUAGGAUCAGGUGCAAUUGUCUAGAAAAAAAACUGAAUGGAACCAAAAAUUUUGGACUUUUUUCAGACCGUUUCCAGCAAAUUUAAAUCAAAAUUUGUUUUUCAAACUUUUGCUUUUCAAAAAAUAUAAAACGUAGGCGUUUUUAAAGACGGAUUAAAAUCAUAACCCACUCAAAACUUGAAAAACUACGGUAUACAUAUGAUAUAUAAAUAGAGUGUUUCUGGUCUUUUGAAUCCGGUAGUCAUAAAAUGAAACAAAAAUAAAUUGUUUGGAAUAAAACAAAACGAAAUGAAAUGAAUUGAAAUGAAAUAUUCUAAAUUUAGAAUUAAUUAUUUUAUAUUUAAAAAUAGAUGAUGAUUCAAUUCUAAAUUAAAUGUGAAUUUAUUUUUUUUCCAAUUUUAUUUUAUUCCCCCCUAUUUUUCCGUCGUGUUUUUUUUUGUUGUGUUGCUAUUUUUGGAUGUUGAAGAUUUCAAUGAGUUUUUUCUCCAAAACCCCGCCUACAAAUGUGUUGUUUUUCGCUUUUUUUCUUCGCUGAGCCUCUCUUGUUUUUUUUCAGAUUUUUUCUUGCUCUGAAAAAAUAUCAAGCUUGGAAAAAAAAAACUAUUUCUAUUUUUAUUUUUAGACAUUUUUCCGGGCGCCGGGCGCGAGAAAUCAUUUUUCAUAAAGAUAUUAUAUUGUUAAACAGGUUUCGUUUUUUUUUUCAGAAUGAAAAAAAAAAUUAGCACCUGCGUCACAAAACAGUUCUGACCUUAAGAUUAUAUAUACUUCAUUUUUUGAUAAGAAAAUAAUUUUCGAAAAAAAAUCCUUCGAGAAGGGCGGGGGUAGUUAAGUGGUGGGUGUGGUUGAUCUAAGGGUCUCAGGUUCAAUUCCAAGUGCCCGCUAUUUUUGAUUUUUACAAUUCCUGACGACAACUAGGCACGGUGACUUGAAAAUUAGGCUCUCUAGGCGCUGAUCCUUGACUAUUGGAUUCUCUAGGCGCGGUGGCUUGAGAACUAGGCUCUCUAGACGCUGAUCCUUGACUAUUGGAUUCUCUAGGCGCGGUGGCUUGAGAACUAGGCUCUCUAGGCGCUGAUCCUUGACCAUAGAGCUUUCUAGGAGCAGUGGCUUGAGAACUAGGCUCUCUAGGCGCUGAUCCUUGAUUAUUGGAUUUCCUAGGCGCUAGGUCUAGAAAAUCGAUUCCUCGGAAUUUCAAAAGCGUCGCAAAGGCUUUUGGCAAAUAGCCAAAGAACAGCAGACCGCAACUUUUGUAGUGACCGCAACGCAUACGCGUCGCAGGUAACAUUCAACAAAAAAAUCCCUCGUUUACUCCAUCAGGAAACGAAAAAAAUGUCCCAAUUUAUAUAUUUUUAGCACAUUAGUCAAUUGGACAUUCGAUACUCGCAAAUUAAAGAGGGGAAAAAACGCUUUCAGUAAAUAAUAUGAGACUCUUUUAUUUUAUGUUUCAAAUAUUUAUAUUAUAUAAAUAUUAUAGAGUAGUUUGCCGAAUGUUUGAUCUCAAGAACACUGAUACUUUAAAAUCAUCUGCAAACAAAAAUGAUCAAAAAUGAUUAUUUUCGAGUUUACUUUUGAUAACUUCUUCAAGUAGAUCAAAUGUGUUGUCUCGGAGCAUUUGUGUGUGUUUGGUUUAUUUUUAUAUCUAACAAAGUUCUCAUCUAUCUUUUUUUUGCUGCAGUUAGCACUUGUUUUCAAUUUUUGCAACUUCUUCCCUUUCUUCUUCUUCUCCCCGUUUUUUCUUAUUUUUUUUGCUUUCUCAAACACUUUCUCUCCUUUUUUUUAUAAAAUGUCCCUCCUGGACAGAUCUGAAAAUAGCUCAUGCUCACCGAUCAUUGAUCAACUUUUUAUUUCAAACGGGUCAUUUUUUGAGUACUCCUUUUACUACAACUAAAUAGUUUUCCUUUUCUUCUCCGCUUUUUUUUUGAUGGAAACAUUAUGUUGUAUGUUCCAAAAAUAGUUUGUGUCGUUAUGUUUUUUCGUUGAAAACAAGUCGAGCUAAUGAUUUCUGACAUCAGGUUACAUAAGUUCGUGUAUAAGAAACGAGUAGAGCAAAAAUAGAAUAUCCGGCUCAGAACCGGAAGUGUGAUUUCUAGGAAUCUAGGUUUUUCACUUAUUUUUUUCUUCACCGUGCAGAGAAAACCGGAUUGUUUUGAUGUUUUUUUGAGGGUCUGAGCUGGAUUUUGCUCUAAUUCUUUAUCCGGAUAGACUUAUCGAUACUUCGAAUUUUUUUUCGUUAUUUUUAAUAAAUUCAGACUAUCAUAAGACUAGAACAUGAUAAAACUUGAAUAUUACUGUAAAAAUUUUCAAUAUCUUUGAGAGCGAACGGUCGCAACGCGGUUUUGAAUCCAAUUUUUCUUUCUUUGGCAAAAAAAUUGUCUAUUUUGAAUAAUUAAAAACCUGAUCAACAGAGAGAUUCAGAGAAUUUUUUUUUAAGUUACUGAUCAAACUAAACUAUAUUUUCCAACGAAUGAAAAACAAUUUAUAGUUUCGAGCCGCUACUGUAAUUGUUUUUCUUCAAUUUGAGCUGGAUCUUGCUCUAAUCCGGAUAAACUUAUCGAUACUUUGAAUUCCUUCUCCCCUCCCUCAUGACUUUAAUAUACUUAGACUAACUAUAGUUUAUGUGAGUUGAUAGAUCAUCAUUUAGAAUCAUGAUUUGUUUAUCAUCAAAUUUUAUCAAACCAUUUCUUAAAAUAGAAGCAACAAGUGCAAAGAUUAGCCUUGUUUUUAUUUUGCUCCCACAGAAAUGCAGAAUUUUUAUUCAUUCAAAAAAUAAAUUUUCCCAAAAAUUGCAUAAAUUUAUUAAUUUAUUUGUUUUUUUUUUUCAAAAAAAAAAGGAAAACCAACGACACAAAAAAAUAUUUUACCGCACAUGUUAGGAAUUGUGCCUAUUUCAGGGUGCAUAUCAUCUUUUGAUAACACUAACCAUCAAAAAUGUCGUCCCCGCUUUGUGACGUAUGUCCGCAACGGUCUUUCAGGGGUGUUUCGAGACAAAAAUAGACAUGGAGUUCCAAUAUUUACAUAUAUAGAAAUGUCGAAUAUUAUAAAUGUUUUUCGAAACCAAAUGAUAUCAGAAUCAGAAACUGUUUCAAGAAACCUUUUUCCUUUCGUUUCUUCUCUCUUUUUUUCUUCCAACAUGCAUAUGUAAUAACGGCUCGUAUUUUUGCAAGCAAAAAGACAAAUAUUUACCACCACAAGCUCAGCAGCAUUUAUAGAGUCUAUAUCAAUAAACAUUUAUUUUUCUAGAAUUUCACUGAUUCAUUUUUGUUUUCCACUUUCUUUUUUUGCUCGAUUUUUUGUGAUAUAUUUUCUGAAACUGGAUUUCUUUUUUGAUAUCAGUGAGCUUUCUUGGAGCCUUUUUCUUUUUUCAUGAUCAGCAAGUCCGCGUUUAGGUUUUCUAGGCGUGGUUACUUGAGAACUACGUAUCUAGCCGCUAAUCCUUGACAACAGAGCUUUCUAGACGCGCUUACUUGAGAACUGAGUUUUCUAGGCGCUGCUUCUUAACGAUUGAAUUUUCUAGGCGCGGUUACUUUAGAACUACGUUUUCUAUCAGAUGAUCCUUAAAAAUCUAAUUUUCUAGGCGUGGUUACUUGAGAACUAUAUUUUCUAUGCGCUAAUCCUUGACAAUUGGAUUUUCUAGAGGCUGUUACUUGAGAAUUAGGAUUUCUAGGCAAGAUUUUCCAAUUUUUUUACAUGAAAAUUUUUUUUUGUAUUUUUGAACUAUAUCUCUCUUCAAUUCCAUCCAUCCAUUUUUCUAUAUAUAAAAAAAUCCCACAUAUAGUUUUCUUCAACUACAAAUUUGGGCUUUUUGGAGUAGAAGUAACCCGUGAUUAUUAUGAACUUUCUUUUUUAUUUUUCGGGUGGUUAUGAUUCAUUUUCUUGAUAUACAUAUAUAUUUUUUUUCUCGACUGGAAAAUUUUUGAUGUUAUGGCCAAAAACCCACGGACUCUGAUUUCACAUCUCGAUGAGUUUUGCUUAUUUUAAGGACGUGAUGUGGAGGAGGUAGUUCAGUGGAAGUGGGAGCUGAUGCUGAUCUUAACAUCAGAGGUUCAAUUCCCAGUGCCCACAGAGACCUGGGCGAAUCUGAAGCCUCUACCUUUCGGAAGUUAUGAGUCAUAUGCUAAUUAAUUUUUCGACUGAAAAUUUCUGAAGGUGUUUUGGCCAAAAACCCUCAGACUAAUUUUAAUUCAAUGAGUUUUGCUCUCUUUUACAAUCAAGUGCACAUGAUUAGCCUAAACUACAUUACGAGAACGAAAAAAAUCUCUAAUCUCAAAAAUAUGGUUUCUUCUCAUAGUAAUAGUGAAGCAUUACAUAUGAAAAGUUUAUUUAUAGAAAGAGAAAGCGAAAAGAAUUUUUUUCGAAAUUGAAUCAUUUGAAAAAAGGAAAACUUCAAUCAUUCAUGUAUAUCAUUCAUUCGCAAUUCAGAAGAUCUGAAUAGUAUAUGAAUAAAAAAUAUAUGGAUAUAAAUAUAUUCAUUCCAUAAAUAACGCUACUUGGUGCGGGUAGUUGGUUUCAUUUUUUUUUAGUUUGAUAUAUCCACGUUCUUUUUUUUGUGCUUCUUUUUGCCUCCUACUCCUUCUUCAUCCUUCUUUUUUUUCAUAUUUUCCUUUUGGUUUUUCUCGCCUCAAAUAUGAUACUAUUUUUAGGCGCAUUUUUGUUUGCGGUCUCGUUUCGUUUUCCUUCUUCCCUUCCCUUUCCUUUCCUUUUCAUUUUUUUCCCUCCCUCCGAUUUUCUGUGUUUUUUUGUCGUUGUUGUUUUCCGAAGCUUCACUAUAUUUUGGCCGAUUUUUUGUAUUGAUUUUGUGUGGUGGACCCCGAAAUAGUAUUUUCGCGAAUCAUCGAUUGUUUGUGUAGUGAGAUGAGAAAGAAAAGAAAGCACAAACAAAACAGACGAAAAUGAAAUGCGGAAAAUUUUGUGAGCGCGCGCAACACACUGACAAAAAAACUUUGUGUCCACUUCUAUACUUUUUUCUGGCUUUUUUUUCUGAUUUAAAUUUUUGAAUUGAGAUUUUAUCGUUAGAUCUAUUUUAGUACUAAAACCGCUAGGCUUCAAACUUUUAAAAAUAUUUUUUUUCAAAUUAUUCAUCUAUUCCCUGAAUUCCGUUGAUUUUGGUCCUGAAUUCCGUUAAUUUUAGUCUUCGCCAGAAAAAAUCAGGAAAUGUAGAUUCCAGAUUCUAGGUUCAGCUUUUGAAAAGGCCCUCAUAGAUAUUUCUGUGCCAUAAUGAGAUUUUUGAGCCCGCCAAAAGCAUUUCAAAAUUCCUUCUGGCCAGAAAAGCCCACUUGAUCCAAAAUACUUUACUGAUUAGAAUUUAUAAACCAGAUUCAGAAAGGUCUAGUCAACCCAAAAGCCCGAGAAUCAGAGGUGUUCAAAACAAAAAUUAAAAAUAGAACUUGAUCAGCAAGAAACAGAGGUUCAGAAAUUCUGAUUCUUCAGUUUUUUUCCUGCUUACCUAUUACUCCAGGUCCAGAAAAUUUUUUUCUUAAACCAAAAAAAAUCUAUCUUGAACUACAUUUUUUCUCUCUCAUUCUCAAAAAAAAAAGGAUAAUUCAGCUGUUUUUUCCGGAAGUCUAGAAAAAAGAUAAUCAUAUUCAUUGCUCGCCCAUUUUUUCUACACUUUUCACCUCCAACUUUAGCAUAUUAAUUCAAAAUUACGUCUUUAUGUAUUUAGGUGCACUACUCAAACUAUAUCUAGAUCAAGAUCAGAAUAAAACAUUCUUUGCAGGUGUUAAGUUUUAAGAAAACUAGUAUAGCGUAGCAAAAAUAAAUGUCGUUUAUUAACUAACUAACUAACUAACCAAAUAUAUUUUAUACACUUUUAGAAGAAACUACGUGCAUAAUCUUAUAAAAAAUCUCUUUUUUUUCUAAAUUCUAUUCAUAUCCUACUCACAUGUGUAUACUUUUUUCUUCAAGUUUUAAUUAGUGAAAUGAAAAAAAGUACCAGGAACAAAGUUUUAUUAUUCCAAGAAUUUCAUCCAGCAUCCGGUAUUUUUGUUGCUCUUUCUGCUCUCUCUUUUUUUGAAAAAUUGAUGUGAUUCGAUUGGUCAAACAAAAAUCAUGCGCGCAUAUUUUUUUUCCAAACAAUGAAUAAGUUAUUUAUUUGUUCAGAUGUUGAUUCAACUAGAAAAAAAACCAAAUCAAUUUAUGUAUUUUAGAGGAAGUAAUUCUUUUCUUAUAGUACUUUAGAAUGUCAAACAUCAAGAGUUUUUUUUUCUUUUUCUACUCGGUUGCAGGUGUUAUACACUUAUUUAUGAUGUAUAUUUUUGUUUUUGCCAAGAGCAAAAAGAGAAGAAUAAAAAUAGAAGAAAAAAACCUUUUUGCACAAAAGCAGGUGGUCGGAAGAAUAACAACAUUUAUCAUCGAUGUUUCUUCUAUGAUUUUCUGACAUUUUCCCGUUAUUUUUAGAAAUUUUGUAUUCAUUAUCGUCUAAUAAUCAUAUAAAUUUUUGUAUUUAAUAUAUACGGAAAAUCUCAUAAAUAAUAUCUAUUUUCAGACAUACCAUCAAAAGCAGAUGGAUCUGCUUGGUCAUUAUCAUCGAGCUCAACAAGAGUUGAAUGUGCAGCAUCUGCAAAACGUCUAUGCUGCACUUCAACAACAACAAAAUGAACGAGCUGCUGCGGCAGUUCAAGCGAUUUCAACAGCCGCUGCUGCUGUUGAUAGUGCAUCUUCGUUUGCAAGUAACACAACAACAAGUUCAUCACCCAAGUCUACAAAAUCACAUCGAAUGAUACAAUUUGAUGAUGGUCCUGGUGGGUUUUGGGACAUUCAAUCUUGGAAUAUUUUUUAAAAAUAGUUUGGGUUCGAAGAAAAAUAAAAAUAUUCAGAAAAUUUUUGAACUACAAAAUAUUAUUUCAGGUGGCAAAAAAAUUUUAAAGCAAACUUAUGAGUGACAAAGAUUCUCUCAAGUUAGUCUAAAUCCAACUGAAUUCUAAAUAUUUUCGAUAUUUAUAAGUUCUACACCCCAGAAAUUUCAUAAUAUUUACCCACAUAUCCACUUUCAGUUGCACCUUUGUCGUUGGCAAGUUCAUUGACCAACUUGUUGUCAAACGGAAAUAGCAGUGUACCACAAACACCAACUCGAGAUCAACCAUCAUCAUCAUCAUCCAAAAAAUGGUGAGCAUAUUUCCCCCCUAAAACCUCUCAAAUAAAAAUGAAAUUUAGUGAUAUUCCUCGCACAAAUUCAACAACAAUUUCACAACUCACCAAAGAUCGAUUGAAAAAUAUGAUCGCAAAUCGAAGUCGCGGCGAAUCUGGCAGUCAGAGUAACCUUAUCGGAAGCCCUUCUUCUACCACCGCCACAACAACUAAUAAUCCAACACAUGUAAGCUUUUUUUCGGAAAAUAAAAAACAAAAACAAGUGCAAAUUUAAAUUUCCAGGUAAACGUCUCAUCACCACAUUUUGAGCCCUAUCGAUUACCUUCAAACUUCACAACAGCACAGACAAUUCAAGCAAAUGAAUUUCAGCUACGGAAGGUUAAUUCAGAGCCGAAUUUGAAGAUGAGAAUCAGAGCAAAACUGCUAUCAAAGGGAUCUAGUCCAGUGCAGCAGCAGUCUACAAAUAAUUCACAAUUUAGUUUCACACAUCCACAGCUGAAACGCUGUGAUAGUGAAUCAUCACAAACUGCAGCGUUGGAUAUUCUUCAACAGCAUUCAACUCAAAAUUCUCUACCGCAUCUCAUGUUACCUUCACCUUCUCUACCGAAUUUGGCAGCAGCUGGUGCUUUUCCUAAUGUUAAUCUUCCUAUUGGUAAGUUCAUCUGCCCUAAUUUAUCCUAACUCCAACGUGAGAAUUUUUGCAGAUCUCACAGCAUUCAUGGCUGCUGCAAAUUUAUCACCAUUCCUCAGUCUUCCAAGUUUACUUAAUAAAAAACUAGAACUUGGCGGUUUGACAGAUGAUUGUGAUCGUAAUAGUUUGAUGGGUGCUACUUCAUCAUCAAGCCUUUCACAGGCAAUGAAUCUUGGAGGACAUCAAUAUCAAUCAUUGCUCAAACAACAAAUCAGAGAUCUCGUUUUACGGCGGAAAAGUUUAGUGCGAGAAGAACCUGAAGAAGGCGCUGAUGAUGCACAUUAUUCUGGAUUACUGUCAUCUAGUAAAUUGCAACAUCUUCAACAACUCGCUUCUGAAGCUGGAAUUGAUUGUAACGGCGAUCCAACACAGACUGGUUUAGCAUAUGAUGCGGCGAUGGCAAAACAUGAUUGUGUUUGUGGAAAUAGUUCGUUACAUGUUGAACAUGGCGGGAGGAUUCAAAGUAUUUGGUCGAGAUUGAUUGAGAGGGGAUUGGUGCAGAAAUGUGAAAAAAGUGACGGCGAAGAAAGCGUCACUUGA